UAAUUGUCUCUCUAGUUAAUUGUUCAUCAUCUAAAUUGCUUCCAUAAUACUGUUGGUAUUGCGAUAAUUUACUAGUUAACCAAUGAUUUCAACUCGGUGUUAAUUUAUUCUGUGUGAUAGAAACUCAGUUUCUAACUUUGAACUUGUGCUUUUUUGUUGGUCCGUUGCUUUUGUUACCAUGGCCAAUAGGCCUUGGUAUUAUGUCAAAGGUCAUGGUAAUCGGGAAAACAUUGAAAGGUUAAUUGCUACGAAAAGAGAGCAAGAUGAUAAUCGGUACCAAUUAAGGCGACAAAAUAGUGAUUAUUUUGAUAAAUGGCAACGACAAAAUGAAUGGAUUGACCGGAAAGGCUUCAAAAAGUCAUCAUUGAACAAGAGCACUGGGAAUCUUAAUGUCGGUGAAAAAGUCCGAAAAUCGGCCGUUUUUAAAGUACCUUAUGACCUUGAUUAUGAGCCCGUUGAUUAUGGACCUAAAAAGAUUGAAGAAACGAUCAGUUCAAAGCGGUUAACGGCCUGUCAAGACGUUAAGGCUCUACUGGAACAUAUUAUCGCCGCCGAAAAAGAAUCAAAAAAAUUGGAAGAUGAGGAAACCUUUCUAACGAAACAAUUAGAGGAUUUACUUUUCCUUCGGCGACAAUUAAAAGAUAAACAAGAAAACUGGACAAUUCGAGAGGCUAAACUGUAUUAUAAACGUUUCGCUAAAGAUAAAUUACGAUUGAAAACUUUUCUCAUCUGUGAACAAUUAAGUAAUUAUAAGAUAAUUGUUGAGAGUUUAUCCAAAUCUGUGAACACACUUUCCAUCAAUGAUAAAGAGAAACAUGAAUUAAUUGGGCUAAUUAGAAGUUCUCUUGACAUAAUCAACAUGUAUUUGGAUGUUAAUUACAAACGUAAUUGUGAAUCGAUUCCCUUAUUCAAUGAAGAAGCUGAGAAAAAGUUAAUUAGCCAGGAAACACUUUGGGAGCGAGAACGAUCAGUUUGGUACAAUUUGGUGCUUCGAGUGAUGGAAGCGUUUUUCACAAUUAACAAAUGUAAACUCGAGGAUAAUCUUGAUUGUCAGGAAAUUCUGAGAGAGAAACGAGUUGAUUUAUUGAAUCGAAUGAAAAAUUUACAGGAAAAAUUUAAAAUCGAUUCAGAUUUGGCUUCAAUUCUUAAUCAAAAUUUGAACCAUUUUCUAAUUGAUGUUAAAUUUUGAUUGUCCCUCAAACAUAAUCAUCAACUAAUAUGACAAUUUAAUUUAUAAUCAUCUUAAUUAUGUGAUAAUCACAAUCUCGCAAUCAAACUUUACAUAACAAUUGAAAUUGUAACCCUGAUUUUCAAGCAAUAUUUGUAAACUUUUUUAAUUAUUUACCUUAAUUUAUUUCAACGAUUGACGUUUUGCAAUAAACAGUUUUUU